CUGUCGGAAGAUGAAAAUGAUUCACCUUGAGGGGCGCCAUUUUGGCUCCGGCAUGUGAGCUGUCUUCCUGGCUAUCAGCAUGUUUGCUCGGCCUGAAGGUGACUGACUGCACUCGGGACUGAAUUAAUCUGGAAUGGCUUCGUGGCGUGUAUUGAGGAGGACGCUGUGCACGGCGGCGGAGACAGCAGCGGCUCCGGUCCCCGGCAGCAGAUGGGAGAGACUGAAGAAGAGUAAAGUUGGUGUGUGGUGCCGCGGCCUUUUCACUGACUACAAGGAGGCGUGUCGGGAAGUGGUGGUGGGAUCGUGGGAGCGACCAAUCAAAGCCUCCAUAUACGCCUCUCUGCUGGGCGGGACCUGGGCCUGUUUCUACACCCGACCCGACCAGCUGGCCUUCGAAGCCACCCUUCUGGAUUGCUCUGGCCAGCUGGGCCUGCUGUCGCCCUGGAUCCGCAACGGGACCUCAGACGGACACGUACAGAGUCUGGGGAAGCUCCGUAACGAGGGCCGGCUCCGUGUCCUCAGCCUGGGGAUCCUCGCUCUGGCUUACCAAGCCGACUACGACCCCGACGCCACACUGUACGAAGCCCAGUGCUCCAAUCUGUCCGUCCCCUGGAGGGAGCUCCAUGAACGCGUGCUCGAUGUGGGCUUCGUGGGCAGGUGGUGGGUGCUGCAAUCAAAGAUGAAGGACUAUGAUGUGAACGAGGAACAGUUCAAAGGCCUGCCAGCAGACAUGCAGGCGACAUCUGCACCCAGUGUACAGGAGGUGGAGACAAGCGAGAGGCUGCACAAAGAGUCGUGGUUACCACUGACAGUGGAGGAGGAGGAGGAGGAGGAAACGGAGACAAAUGUAACGGACAGAAAAGAGGAGGAGAGCCAAAUACAAGCCCUGAAAGAGGAACAGAUUCAAGCAUGAAUGCUGGAAACAGAACUGUACCACGGUAGUUAUUCUCAUUUUUUGUCAACAAACCCCUUUUAGUUUGCUCCUUUCAUCUACGGACUCUCCAAGCUGUUUACUGCAACCACAAAAGACCAAGGAAAAGGAAACAUCCACAGCUUGUUCCCGUCAAAGUAAAAGCACCCCUUCAAAAUCCUCAGUUUUUUUGUAUUUAUUCCCAACAAUAUUUUUUAUCAUAAAAAGUAAUGGAAAUCCUUUUUACCAUGUGUCAAUAAAUCAGUCAGUUAUCACCUUA